CCUGGACCCCUUUGUCUCUCCGCCCCAAAGAGGACAGUCUGUACCCUUCUGCUGUUGGCCGGGAUAUCAGGGGCUGCAGGCAACUUCCCCACCUAUUCUUGGCGAGAUGCAGAGACCCAGGAGUGGCUGCUGUGUCAGCAGUGCCCACCUGGCACCUUUGUGAAGCAUCACUGCAACCUCAGGAGCCCCACGAUCUGCCAGCCAUGCCCAUCACUGCACUACACACAGUACUGGAACUACCUGGAGAAAUGCCGAUACUGCAACGUGUUCUGUGGGGAGCAUGAGGAGGAGGCGCAGGCCUGCAAUGCCACUCACAACCGAGCCUGCCGCUGCCAGUUGGGCUACUAUGCCCAUGCGGACUUCUGCAUCGAGCACUCAGCCUGCCCCCCAGGCUCUGGUGUGGUCACUCUGGGGACCCCAAACCAGAACACACAAUGCCAGCCAUGCCCCAAAGGCACUUUUUCAAGCAACAGCUCCAGCACAGAGAGGUGCCAGCCACAUCGAAACUGCACCGCCCUUGAUAUGUUUCUUAAUGUACCUGGGACUUCAUUCCAUGAUGCCUUGUGCACACGAUGUGCUAGUUUCUCAAGCAGCACUCCUGAGCCAGAUGACAAGGAAUGUGAACAGGCACUGAUCGACUUUGUGGCCUUCCAAAAUAUUUCACUAAAGAAACUGAUGAGGUUGCAGCAGGUCCUAGAGAGCACUGGCAGUUGGCAGAGAGAAUGGCCAGAGCCAGAGAGCCGGGCAGCUGUGCAGAAGAAGCUACUCCUCAGGUUAACUGAACUCAGUGAGAUCCAAGAAUCUCCAGCCCUUCUCCCCUGGUUGCUAUCGACUUUUCAAAAAGCCAAGCUAACCACCUUGGAGAGGAAUAUCCGGAAGCGCUUCUCCUUUGACCUGAAUGACUAGGUCACCUCUAUCCCCAAAGCCCUGAGUUUGCCCUACACUCCAUUAGACCAGCUCCUUCUCCAGGAGACAGCUCUGGAGUCAACUGUCCUGGGGGCUUAGACUUGUGGGCCUCCCACCAUAAACUCUUUGGACUAUUUAUUUCACAGCUUGGUAGUGGAGAGGGUGCAGGGGCUGGAGUCUACUUGAACUUCCUAGCUGUGUGACCCUGGGCAAAUCACUUACUCUGUUUGCCUCAGUGCCUAUGCUAAAUGAACUGGAGGAGAGGAGAUGGCAAACCACACCAUUAUCUUUGCCAAGAAAAUCCCAAAUGGAUUCAACAAUGACCAUCUCCACCAGGCCUCUAUUCUCAGGGGUCACGGUCCCUGUCCCCAAACCUCGAUCACCAGGGGCUACAUGAAACUGAUGGGUUUUAUAUCAUGAUGGAAAAGUAUUUUUUAUAAAAACCAUUUUGUGAGUCUGUCUUUGUUCCCAUUUCCAGUUUUUUAGCACAGUGCAUGGCAAGCACUUAAUAAAUGUUUAUGACUGACUUUCAAACAUCUGUCUUGAGCAAAAGGCAGUGAAGAUCCACAUACUUGGUCAAACUUGCUUCCUUCUGUAAGUUUUAACUGUUUGACCCCAAGAGUACUAAUCAGUUCCUCACUUAGGCUCAAGUGCUCUCCCUAUAGUGUAUGAGUUUGAUGUUCAUAUACUUUUUUGGUAAGUGUUUUUGUAAGUUGUAAGGAAAUCUUUGUGAGAGUGAUUCCCAUUUUCCUUCUUUGGGUCUCUUCAGAAUCCCAAGAAUUCAGGAACCCAGUCUUCUGCAGAUAGUGGGUUCCUUGAAGGCAGCUUCUUGUACCGUGCACUCAUGCACACAUGCAUGCGCGUGCACACAUACACUCCAACACAUUUUCUCAAUGUACUGACACAUAAGUCCCUGCGCUCCAAUAACUGUUGUCCUAAUAAAAGAUGUGACCCCUAUAUGCACUUCUGGGAAGAGAGGGUCAAAGAAUGUUAGAAAGUCAGUGAACUGGCUGAAAGGCUCCCUGGAGGAAGUGGACAUUACCUGUGAUUAAAUUCUGGUGUAGUCCUUUGCAAAUUGUAAACACUCAGGAAAAUUAGCUAGGACCCAACUCUGUAGGGUCCUUCCUCCUUAGCUUUGGGGCCAAUACUGACGAUGAGAGAGAAAUGUUGAAGAUGGACCUUUAAAAAAAAAAGUUUUUUCUAUUUUUUUUAAUUACAUGUAGAAACAACUUUUGAUAAUUGUUUUCUGACACGUUAGGUUUCAUUGUCCCAUCCUUCUGUCUCCCAGGCCAGGAAAUGCUUAUUCCCUAUUCCUUUCCUUUGUCCCCUGCCUCCAUCCCAGGGCUUCUUUGAUUUCUCUGUGAAACUAUCCCAGGCUGCGAAAUAGUCUGAUAUAGGUUCUACCAGUGCUUUUAGGCAGUACAUAUUUCCAUAUUCACCAUGCCUUGACAGAAGACACACAUCACACAUACAAUAAAAAACUCUUUAAGGAAAUAAAGUGGAAGAUGGUAUGCUUUGAUCAAUUCCAACAGUUCCUUCUUUGGCUAUGGAUAGCAGUUUUAUGAGUCUCUUGGAGUUAUCCUGGAACCUUGUUUUGCUGAUAAUAGUUUAGUGCGCUGUAAUUGAUCAUUGUACAAUAUUUCUCUUACUGCGUACAUUGUUCUCCUGGUUCUGCUCACUUCACUUUUCAUCAGUUCAUGUAAGUUUUUCCAGGUUUUUCUGAAUUCAUCUUGUUCAUCAUUUCUUAUGGCACAAUGGUAUUCCAUUACAAACAUAUACCACAGCUUGUUCAACCAUUCCCCAAUUGAUGGACACCCCCCCAUUUUCCAAUUCUUUGUCACUACAAGAAGAGCUGCUAAAAAUAUUUGUAUACAGGCACAUACUCUUCCCCUCUCUCUGCUCUCUUUGGGAUGCAGCCCUGGUAAUGGUAAUUACUGGAUCAAAGGGUAUGCAGUUUUAUGGCCUUUUGGAUGUGGUUUCAAAUUGCUCUCCAAAAUGGUUAUAUCAGUUCAUAAAUCCACCAGUAGUGUCCUAAUCUUCCCACAUCUCUCCAAUAUUUAUUUUUCCUCUUUGGUCAUAAUAGCCACUCUAAUAGGUAUGAAGUAGUAUCUCAGAGUUGUUUUAAUUUUCAUUUCUCUAAUCAAGUGAUUUGGGGCAUUUUUUAAUAAAACUUUUUAAUUUCCUCACCAGAGAACUGCCUAUUCAUAUGCUGUCACCAUUUAUCAGUUGGGGAAUGCUUUGUAUUCAUAUUUAUUUGAGUCAAUUCUUCAUAUAUUUGAGAAAUGAGGCCUUUUUCAGAGACUUGCUAUAAAAAUUUUUUAGUUUUUUGGUUUCCCUUCUAAUCUUGGUUGCAUUUUUACAAACUUUUUACUUUAAUCAAAAUUAUUCAUUUCAGUUUUCAUUAUGUUGUGUCUUGUUUGGUCAUAAAAAUUUCCUAUAUUCAUAAGUCUGACAGGUAAACUUUUCCAUGGUUCCCUAAUUUAUCUGGGGUAUCAUGCCUUAUUUUUAGAUCAUGUAUCUAUUUUGACUUUAUCCUGGUUAGAUGUUAGUCUAUUCCUAAUUUCUACUAUAUUGUUUUCCAGUUUCCCAGCAGUAUUUGUCAAAUAGUGAGUUCUUCCCAAAAUAGUUUGGACCUUAGGAUUUGUCAAACAUUAGAUGACUAUGAUCAUUAACUACUGUGUAUUGAUUUUCUAAUCUAUUCCACUGAUCCAGUACUCCAUUUCUUAGUCAGUAACAGAUUGUUUUGACAAUUACUACUUUAUAAUAUAGUUUGAGAUCUGGUACAGCCAGGCCUCCUUCCUCUUUUUAAAAUUAAUUCCCUUGAUAUUCUUGACCUUUGCUUCUUCCAAAUGAAUUUUGCUACUUUUCCUAGUUCUAAGAAAUAAUUUUAGUUUGAUAUGGCAUUGAAUAGGUAAAUUUAUGUAAGAACAUCAUAUUUUUUAGUUUGCUAUAUCCAUGAGUGAGCAAUUGCUUAGGUCUGAUUUUAUUUGUGUGAAGUGUUUUGUAAUUAUGUUCAUAUAGUUGUUGAGUUUGCUUUGUAAGUAUACCCCUGGUAUUUUAUAUUUUCUACAGUUAUUUUAAAAAGAAUUUUCUUUUCUAUCUUUUUCUGUUUAACUUUGUUGGUGGUAAAUAGAAUUGCUGAUGAUUUA